AUGGAUACGGGGACAAACUUGAAGGUUACUGUUUCUCCCGAGGAAAUCGUGUUCGAGAGUAUCAAUGGCAAUGGGACAUUCGCCAUGAAAGGGCAGCAUAUUGACUCCAGAAAAUCGGCCUACCAUUCAUAUGGUGUUUAUGGAAUGAUCACGAUCUCCAAGUCUUCCUAUCUUAUCCUGGUUGUGGAUGCUGUUAUCAGGGGAAUGAUGUAUGAGCACGCGGUCUAUGAGAUCAGGGAUGUGGAAAUCAUUCAGCUGACAAGAGAGAAGGCGAAGAAUUUUACGAACGAAAUGAAAAACGUGAAGAAGUUCCUUGAGAAGACCGGGAUUUACUUUAGCACAUACCCUCUCUACAAGACCAUGAGCAUAAAGAAGGACGAGGAUAAGGACUUUCUCUUCAACUCGCUGCCGCUUGAGAAGUUUCUGGGGCAUGCUGGGGACAAGGGAUCCUUGUUUUCUGUAUGGUGUAUUCAGGGGUUCUUUGGAUCUGUGGACAUCGGGACGGUGUGCCUGAGGCUGAUCUCAAGAAGGUCCUGGCGAAGAGCUGGGGCAAGGUAUUUCUCCAGAGGGUCGGAUGCAUCGGGAUAUGUCUCGAACUAUGUAGAGACGGAGCAGAUUAUAUAUGACGGGGAGAAGACGGUGUCGCAUCUUCAGGUGCGGGGCUCUAUUCCCCUCAUAUGGGAGCAUGUUCUCGGGAGAGAAUACAAUCCAAAAAUAGUUGUUAGCGACAGGAAGAUACUCCAUAUAGCAGACAAGGUGCUAAGAGACAAGUAUGGAGAUGUUUUCUAUCUAAACCUCAUAAGAAACUCUGGAUAUGAGGGAAUGCUGCACUGUGCAUACGAGAAGGAGUUGCUUGGAAACAACAAGGAGGGCGUGCACUUCAACUUUUUCAAGGAAGGAGGCAUUCUUGAGGGUGAUACCCGGAAAAAGUUCCUGGGCCUUGUGGAGCAAGCACUCCUCUCGUUUGGAUAUCAUGGGCCUGGGAGCUUGCAGAGCGGAGUCAUCCGCACAAACUGCAUUGACUGUCUGGACAGAACAAACAUUUCGCAGUUCAUCAUGGGGGAGAUUAUACUUGAAAAGCAGCUUUCCCACUUUGAUAUCGAGGACAAGAAGCAUUUCUGUGAACAGGCGAAGUGCUUGUGGUAUGACAACGGAAACUCACUCUCGAUGCAAUACUCUGGGUCGUUUGCCCUGAAGAGCCACUUUCUCAGCAGAAAAAGGCAAGGAGUUGUCGAUAGGCUGAGAGAUGGAAUAAUAGGAUUCCAGAGAUACUUUAUAAACAGGCUCUGUCAUGGAAGUCUACAAACCACGUAUGAAAUUCUGACUACUGACCUUGACGGAAAGACCAUAAUCUCAUACAGAGACCGAGUUGGCACCAUCAGGAAGACCUUCCUGCUGCUAUUAAUAACCGUCUGCACGGCGUCCUGGGUAUCGACAGGCAUUUUCAUCAUAUCGCUUCUUUGCAGCACACUUGCCAUCACCCUCGUGACGAUUGCUGUUGUGCUUAUAUUUCUCGACUCCCUUAUCCAGAAGCCUAGGCCCCGAGCUCCUCAAUAA